AACAGAGUUAGUUAAUUGGAUAUAUUACUCCCUAAAUGGCUAAUAAUCAACCAAACACACCAGCUUUACUUUUCAUUUGUUUUCUCUGUUUAUGGCUUUCAUGCACAGAUUCUUCAUCUUCAUCUUCUUCUUCAACCCAAAAAGCACAGGAUUUAGACAGGAUAAGGCAUUUGCCAGGGCAACCAAACAGGCCUUUAGUGACACAGUACUCAGGCUACAUCACAGUUAAUGAGUCUCAUGGGAGGGCCCUCUUCUACUGGUUCUUUCAAGCCCAGUCCCAACCUUUGCUCAGGCCUCUCAUUCUUUGGCUAAAUGGAGGGCCAGGUUGCUCAUCAAUGGGAUAUGGAGCAGCCACUGAGGUGGGUCCCCUCAGAGUAGAGAAAGGUGGGGCCGCUCUUCGCUUCAACAACUAUUCUUGGAAUAGAGAAGCCAAUUUGUUGUUCUUGGAGUCUCCCGUCGGAGUUGGAUUCUCAUACACAAACACAUCUUCUGAUUUAGCUGCGAUUGAUGACAACUUUGUAGCUCAAGAUUCUUACAACUUCUUGGCCAAUUGGUUCCAAAGAUUCCCACAGUUCAAGAAUCAUGACUUCUUCAUUGCAGGAGAGAGCUAUGCAGGACACUACGUUCCCCAACUUGCGGAAAUUAUUUUUGAUCGAAACAAAGAUAAGAAGAAAUACUCAUACAUAAAUCUCAAGGGUUUCAUAGUAGGGAACCCAAGUAUGGAUAAUUAUAAUGAUAACAAAGGCUAUUUAGAUUAUGCUUGGAGUCAUGCAGUGAUUUCAGAUGAACUCUAUCAUGAAGCCAAAAGGGCAUGCAACUUUGCAAGUUCUACUUGGUCCAAUGAAUGCAUUGAGGUCAUGACCAAUAUAUCCAAUGCUUAUAAGGAAAUUGAAGACUUAAACCUCUAUGCUCCCAAAUGUCUUAUGAACUAUCCUUCUUCGUCGCCGUCGUCGUCUGCAACCCGUACCCAUCACAUGCAACUAAAUUCGCGUCUUACUAAUAAAAGAAAUAUUGCGGCCCAUGCCAAAGAGGAGAAGUCAAAGCAAAUUCCUGGGAGUUUCGCUACGUGCUACUCGACGUACGUAGACGAAUACUUCAACAAGAUUGAAGUUCAAAAGGCUUUUAGUGUGUUGAAUGAAGUCAAGUGGAAUGCAUGCAACUAUGAGUUGUUAAAUGCAUACAAUUUGAGUAUCAUUUCAGUUUUGCCUGUUUAUGAAAAGCUUAUAAAAGCUGGACUCAAAAUUUGGAUCUACAGUGGGGACUUGGAUGGGAAUGUACCUGUGAUUGGAACGAGAUAUUGCAUAGAUGCUCUUAAACUGUCUCUAAAAUCCCAAUGGCGUGUUUGGUUCCACAAUCAUCAGGUUGGAGGAAGGGUAAUUGAGUACAAUGGGCUGACAUUUGUAACAGUGAGAGGAGCAGGUCAUCUUGUACCUCUCGAUAAACCAAGUGAAGCUCUCGCGAUCAUACAUUCCUUCUUGUAUGGCGAAGAACUCCCAAGGGAGAGAUAAACAUUUUUCUUAGCUCUUUUGUUUAUUUGAAUCAAUUGGAAGAAGCUAAGGAUUCACCUAAAAAGCCAAGUUGGUUGUUACUAGCUAGCAUUAUUCUCUUGAUCAGCAUGUUUGUGAAAGGCUAUAAACUUGGACAAGUUCAUGUUUCAUCUCAACUCCAAGAACUUAUAUGGAGUGGAGUGUAUGUUUGAGAUUUUGGUAGCAUUUUAUAUAUAAUUUUCUUAAUUAUAAUAUGAAUCUUGAGAAAUGUUGGGAUUUUAUCGUGAAUUAUUUUUUAGAGGUAAAAUUAGGUUUAAGGGUGAGUGUUGUUUAUAGUUACAUAAAGCAAUCAAGCAAGU